CCCAACAAUCCACACGAACAAUCAAACAAUUACUGUGCAGCUCACUAAGCGAUAUCAUCAUAUUCAAGUUCCUCGUCUAACUUGACUUUUACCAUCAACAAACAUGUCUACACCAUUUGAGAAAGCCGCUGCUGAAAUUAAAGAACUUAAGCAAACUCCCAACAGUGAUGAGCUUUUGAAGCUCUAUGGUUUGUUCAAGCAAGCUACCGUUGGAGACAACAACACUGAAAAGCCCGGUCUUUUGGAUAUGAAGGGUAAAUACAAGUGGAAUGCUUGGGAAGAGUUGAAGGGCAAGUCGAAGGAAGAUGCCACAAACGAAUAUGUGGCUUUCGCCGAAGAACUCAAGGGUAAAUACGGCUUGAAAUAGAUGUUGCAUUACGAUAAAAUCUGUAAUAUCCUCAUUAAUUCCCUGUGUGCUCUCUUUUUAACAUUGCACACCACUUCCUUUCUUAGAUUACUACGAGUGUAAUGUACCAGGUUAUGAAUGAACUUAUUCAACUAGAGUAUAAAAGCUUGCUAUUAGUGACUACAUGCGUAGUUUUCAAGUUGACAUAUCGACUAGUCUCACUACAAAAAUGGGAAAGAGUUUAGCUACUUUCAGCUCUUAGGAAUAAGU